AUGAGAUCAUCAAUAUUGAUGAUGUCCACCAUCGUCAUGACGAUGGUGUUUAUUGUUGCGUUGGCACAGGUCACAAUGGCACAGGUCGACGAUGAGGUAUUACUGUGUGGUGGCUUCAUUAAGCGUGCUGCCAACCUGCCACAGCGUCAAAAGAUAACCGAGAAGAUAGAGAUAUUGUUGACCAAAGAUGGUCGCAUCAAGGAGCGCGCAGACAUAUCACCAAACUACGACUACGUCGUGCCCGUCUACGAGCGCGGCAACUACAUCCUCGAGAUCGAAGGACCCGAAGGAUGGACAUUCGCAUCAAAGCAGAUACCACUCAAUAAGGAUGGUUGCAAGGAUAAUGAGGAGUAUAACUUUGAGUUGAGAGGAUUCAGAGUGAGCGGAAAGGUGUCGAGCAAGGGUUGCCAAUCGAACAAGGCACUCGAGGGCAUUAAGGUGCAGCUGCGAAGACGUGGAUCGCACGAGGUGAUCGCCGAGACAUUGACCACCAGUGACGGACAGUACCGCUUCGAGAACAUCGCCCCGUCCAGCGAGCUCGAGGUCGUCGCCCAGCACGCACACUGGUCGUUUGCCAACAGCCCACUGGCCAUCAACGGCUUUGACUGGGGCAACUUCCAGAUCGCGCAGGACCUGGCCAUCGUCGGUUUCCCCGUGUCGGGCAGCAUCGUCUACGAUAAGGAGCCCAUGCAAAACGUGGACUUCCAGCUCAAGAGCGCAUCGGGCGCUGUCAAGUCGAUUGUUGGCUGCACCACCUCUGACAAGGACUCCAUCUGCACCGUGCAGUCGGGCGCAGACGGACGCUUCCUGUUCAAGAACGUGCCCUGUGGCGCGUACUCCAUCGUGCCAUCGCACAAGGGUCAGACCAAGUACGACGUUGCCCCUGUGCACCAGGAGAUCAAGGUUGAUGCCGGUGGUCUGGACAUUGUCGAUGGCUUCAAAAUCGUUGGUUUCUCUGUCUCUGGACGUGUUCUCAAUCAUGACGGUGGUCUGGCUGGCGUGUCCAUCCUUGUAAACGGCAAGCAAAGAACUACAACAGAUAAUGGAGGACACUACACUUUGGACAAGAUCACGACUGGAACAUACAAGAUCGAGGCACAGAAGGAGCAUUACAUCUUUAGCUCCCUCCAGCACAAGAUGACGCCAGUGACCCCAACACUGCCAGAUAUCAAGGUGACCAGCUAUCACCUGUGCGGUCAAGUCUCUGUCCCAACACCACCCGCUGGUGUCAUUGUCAACCCAAGGGAGAUCACCCUUACCAACAGCGAGAACAAGCAAGAGAAGAAGCACACAGACAACAAUGGCAAGUUCUGCUUUGAGGUUACGACUGGCACUUACAAGGUGUCGAUCUCGUUGAGCACACAGGAGCGCGCCAAGGGAUUGCAAUUUGCCUCGCAGAUCAUUACGACCUCGAUCACAAACAGCCCUCACCUGGACAUCAUUUUCUCUCAGUCUCGCGGUUCAAUCGCAGGCAAGAUCAGAGCGAUGAAGCAGAUCACAUCGGAGGUUCCUGCCGGUCUCACCGUCACCUGCCAGCCUACAUCGCGCAGCGGUGACUCUAUGCAAGCCUCGCUCUCACUCACCAAGUCUGGCGACGUCUCCUUCACCUUCCGCGACCUCCUCCCCGGUUCCUACAAGAUCUCUCUCCACUACGCCCAGUGGUGCUGGUCAUCAGCCGAGAAGACCAUCGAUCUGUUGAACACUGAGGAUAAGAAUGACAUCGAGUUCACACAGACUGGCUACACUUAUGAGAUCACCUCGCCACACGAUCAGGUGUCGCUGAUUCAUGAGAUUGGAGAGAGCACCAAGAACAUUCAGUUGCGCAAGGGUUUGAAUGAGUUGUGUCUGGCAGAGGCUGGCGUGCAUAAGUUCACCGUCAAGUCAUGCUUCCAAUUCGAGAAGGACACCUACACCUACAACACCAACCAGGCAUCCAGCAACAAGCUGGCUCUGAAGAUCCAGAAGAUUCAGUUGGCUGGCUCGAUCAAGGUUGCCCAGUCAGCGGCCGUCGACGCCAUCCAGCACAUCGACGUCAAGGUUAUGUCCAGAUCAUCUGAGCAACCACUGGUCGUUGUCAAGGCUGUGGCCUCAGAGGCUUCGCCCGCCGUCUUCACCUACAGCUACAUGGCAUCGCUCGGCGACGAGUUGGAGUUUGUGCCCAGCGUGCCCAAGUCUGUGAAUCUGCUGUUCUACCCCGCCAGCCGUCUGGCAUCCGUCAACACCGAGAGCUGCCCACCAUCGCUCGAGCUGAUCGACGCGCGUCCCGGUCUCAUGAUCAACGGCAAGGUGAACAACAACAUCGCUGGCGUCGCCAUCAAGACUUACAACGAGCGCACUGGCGACCAGUUUGGCAGCGAGGCACUGACCGACGCACAAGGUCUCUACACCGUGGGCCCACUGCGUGACGACGUCGAGUACACGCACAAGGCAUCCAAGGCCGGCUACCACUUUAAGAAGGAGUCCAACAGCAACAACUUCAACGCCAUCGAGCUCGGCUCGGUCGUCUUCAACUUUGUCGAUUCAGAGUCACGACAGCCCGUGCAAGGCGUGCUGCUGUCGCUGAGUGGUGAGGGCUACCGCACCAACCUUCAGUCGGCCGCCAACGGCUCCAUCACAGUGUCGCAGCUCUUCCCCGGCACCUACUUUAUCAAGUCGCUGCUCAAGGAGUACACCAUCACCCCAGCCUCGCACACAAUCGAGUUGAUUGAGGGUCGCGAGACCAAGCUCGAGCUUGUUGCCAAGCGUGUGGCAUUCAGUGUCUUUGGCAGCGUGCGAUCAUUGAACAACGAGCCCCAGAACGGCCUCAUCGUGCAGGCAAUCACCGCCGCCGGCAAGGUUGCCGAGGAGUCCAACACGGACGAGUCUGGCAACUAUAGAGUGCGUGGUCUGUCCCCAGCCGAGACCUACCGCAUCACUGUCGUCAGCCAGGCGUCCGCCGAGAGGUCGACUCCCGCCGAGCACAGCAUCGUCAUUGGCAAGGCAGACGUCAAGAAUGUAGACUUUACCAUCAUCAGCUCGCAAUCAAACACGUUCGACCUGACUGGCAAUGUGCGUCUGAGUGGCGAGGUUGCUCAGCAGAAGCAUCUCACGAUGUUGCGUGCCAACCUAUACAACAAGCGCGACAACUCAUUGUACCGCUCGAUCGAUCUUGGCUUCAACUCGUUCUUUGACUUUGGAGCGUUGCCCAAGUCAAACGAGUACGUCCUCAAGGUUGAGCAGGCCACCGGUCAGCGCAACCAGGGCUCAUCCUAUGUGUUCACUGUUGAGCCAAUCCAGGUUCGCGUCGUCCAACCAGAGGACAAGCAACAACAACAACUAUCAACAUCAUACAUUCAACGUGGCCGUGAGCAAGUCAUCGAUCAUUCAUGA